AUGUCAGACGGGAGCUCCAGUGACUCCGAUGCGGAGUUUAUCGACCUCACAGGGAAUGAUAAUCCUCAUCCAGACAUUGAUGGGCAUUACAAUGAUGCUCCUGACCAAGAGGAGAUCUCCCUUGGGGUAGAUGCUCAUGGGGAGCCAAUCUCCCACAUCAUCUAUCGGCCUGGUGGCCCUAUGGACGUCGACAACGAAGAGUCAAGCAGUGACGACGACCAGGACUCUCCUGAAGUUGAAGGAAGUCUGUUUUUUGGUGACGAUGAUGAUGACGAUCACAAUAGCAACGGUGAUGGCGAUGACGGCGGGCGCAGAGGACCUCCAUCACCACCAUCAUCCGACAACCCGGGCAGCGAAUCCGACGGGUCAGAGGAUAGCGACAAUCAUCAUGACGACGACAAUGAUGAUCAGAGUCAGGCAAGGCAACCCUACCCAGGGGCCUCGAACGGAGGAAGCCCUGGCGGUGAUGAUUCCGGUGAUGGCAGUUCUGAUGAAGAUUCGGACGACGAAGAUGCCGACCAUGAUCCGAUCAACGACGAUGACGAGGAAGGGAAUGAAGAACAUGGGCACAAGAAUCCCAACGCCGAUGUACUCCAGGUCCUGGAAGAAGAAAGUGUCGCAUGGCCAGAAUGGGAUGGCGAGUGUCUUGAAACAUGCCAGCCCCCUUGGUACAGUCUUGCUCGCAAAUUCGCAGAUUACCGAAACCGAUUCCUCUUCAAGAGAAAUGAAUUAAGAGAGUGCAAGAGAGUCAACAGGCGCCGGGUCACCGGCCUAAACCACCUGGUAACAGCACUGAAAGAAGCAGUGAGAGAGUUCUACGCCGCCAACGAAGCAAACAUUCAGGAGAAUGAAAGACUCGUUGAGGAAAAUGAGGCUCUCCGAAGUCUUUUGCCCGAAGAAGAAUUGGAUGAUUUUCCCGACCCUGUUCGUUUAAGGAUUGAGGAUAUGGAGGCAUCUCUGCCUCAGGAGAUGCGAGACCGUCUGCCGCCAGAUGUCAAAAUGUAUCUUCGCGUGUGGCGACGCAGUUCAGCGAAGCCCCGAAGGACUGAACGUUUGUGGCCAAAGGCUUACACGCGUUGGAUCAGACAUGGUCGUCAUCCUGACUACAAGAACUGGGGAGAAAUCUACAAGCUCUGCUGCCAGGAGGAGAACAUGUCUUGGGCAUUCGGAAAGAAUACACCACCCAAGACACACCCUCAUCUUAUACUGUGUGCCCCGACCCCUGAACAGGAACUGAGUGCUAUCAUGGAUGAGGGUGAGAGUGAGAAUGAGUGUGAAGGCUGUCCUCCGCAGCCAUAUUACCGACGCGAAUGCGCCCAGGACGAAGAAGAAGAUAUUGGCCCAUCCCCGUUCGACAUUCUUCCACCCAAAGAUCGACACGAAAUCAUGAUCAAGAUCCUUCAGUAUGUUCUGGUUUUUGAUGGAGAGGUUGUUCACGCCAUCUCCCGUCUGGACCCUUUCUUCGAGCCAAAACGAAUUGACCGGAAUUGCAACAAUAAUGUCUCACUGCUCCAUCGUUUCCACAUUGGGCGAGAGAAAGUUUCUCUCACGUUUGGGGCGAUUCAUCCUCAGGAACUCCUUGCUCCUCUUAUGGGUCGCUUUGCGAACAGAAUCGGAUGCAAGCUCCAACAUCUGCAGCACAUCGAGCUGCUGUGGAUGGGCUCGCACAGGCUCAUGUACAGGAUUGACCAGAGAGGCAAGUACACAUCUCGCCGGACUCACGAUCUGGCCUAUCUGCCCGAAGCCUGUCGAUUGAAGACGGUUGCUAUCCAUUUGCCUGAGUCCUCCAAGCAAUAUAUGCGGCGCAAACACGAGCCGCCACAAAUCGUGGAGUUCCUUGCGCAGAAGACAGCAUAUCAGCCAAACUUCCGCCGCUUUCGUGCGUUGCGCACGUUGCAGGGUGCCGAUUAUCUAUACUGCCUUCGUGGAAUCCGGGAGAUAACCCUCUUCGACUACGACAUGUGGCGAGAUGAUGGCGUGAAGAUGCCAGUUCGUGACUGGACUUUUGUCCGUGAUAUCAACGAGUCUGUACGCAGGGAAAAGUCUUUAAAUGACGAACACUUCUCCCAGCUUCGAUUCUUAGCUCCAUUGUUGAACGUUCGUCCUUCCGUCGAACUCGCUGAGCGGCUUGAGAAAAUCCUCAACCCAGAGCCCCGGCAGAUGGGUCUCUUGUCGCCUCCUCCUGAUUUGUACCCCCAGCCCCAGGCCGCAUUGGAGCAGGCUGAUAACUCCGAAGAUGAAUCUCAUGACGAUGCCAGCGACAGAGAUUCUGAUGAAAAUAUGGGGGGCGACACGGACGAUGGCGAUGGUGACGAUGGUGACGAUGGUGACGAUGACGGUGGUGACGGCGCCGCAGGUGCACACUUCAACCAUCAACAUGAUGCUGCGGAUGGUCACGGCCAUGAGCGACACGGGAGCCCAGACGAUCUGGAUGAGGUGGCAGAAGAACUGAUCGAUACAAUAUCUGACGUUCUGUCCAAUCACGACCCCGAACAAGAGGAGAAGCCGAACACUGGUGCUGACGGGGAGGUAUGGACAGAUAAUGGACAAACAAUCGACCUAAUGAGCGAUGAUGAGGACGACGAUGGACCCCAGGAUGGAAGAUACCGUUCCAUCUCUCUGUUUGUUCGAAGUCCCCAACGAGAACAUCAACCUAUAUUCACCACCAAAGUUGAAUCGCCGUCUCCCCCCCGGGCAACUCCUCCAGCUCUCGCUAACCAGGAUGGAAUAACCCCGGUGAGAGAGACACGCGCUGACAGUAGCAUGUUUGUGAGCCCUACCCCCUAUGAGGCUCUAAACCCUCAGGCAGGAGACCGGUCCUCGCCGAUCGACCUCACUGAACGGAUGGGGGUGUCGUUCUCUUCCCCGGCCCCGUCCUCACGCUCGAGCUCUAGCAGCUAUUUUUCAGUAACCAAGCGAAAAUGGAGCUUCAUCAGCGUGGAUGACGAUGACGAGAAUGAUGGUGAGGAUGAGGAUGAGGAUGAAGACAUCCAGCUCUUGGGAAGUUGCCCCAAGCGGCCACGUCUUCCUGAUGGUGACGAUGACGGUGACGGUGACGGUGACGGUGCUGAGAUGACCGUGGAGGAGGAACUUGACCCAGCUUAA